AUGGCGUCGCUGUGUUUUCAUUGGACAGUUUCGCGGUGACCCGGUAGCAAGUUGUGUGUGUAUGUGUGUGUGGGGGGAGUUACAGCAGUUAGCAUCACACUUCACCAGUGAAACCGCCAACGUCAGCUUUGUUAACAGGAAACAGCGGAUCGGUUUAUGUUAUACACCGCUGUGAAAGACAGCGUAGCAAAAGGAUACAACGUUUCUGUGAGCGUGGAGAGGAUGUCUGUCCCGGCAGGAGAGGGAUGAAGAUGACACCACUGUUGUGGCGACUUGUGUCAGUGUGGCUAGCUGUUGUCUAUUGUUGCUAUGUUGGUUGCGCAGAGCUGCAAGGAGAGGCCCAGAGCCCCGUGUCCCCAAAGGAGGUCAGCUCGGAAGAAGAGCCUCAGGAACACUUCCAUCAUCACGAGGUCGAGGAAAGCUUGGUCGUACCUGCCCCGCCUUUCCCUGAAAAUGAGCCACCAACAGAAGACGAUCGUGUCAAAGAGGAGCAGAUGCCACAAGAAGUGGGCCAAAAAGAAUAUGAUAUGGCCUUUGAAGCAGACGAGUCUGCUGCUGAGGUAGAGCUGGAGGCAGACAAAGGAAUAUCACAACCUGAGCACAGCUCUGAAAGUCAGCAUAUAGAAAUCUCUGUCACUCAAGAUCAGGAGCAUGCCUCCCCGCCGCCUUCCCCCGACUCUGUCGCUGCAUUUUCUGCCGAAACUAACGACAGCCCCAGCAAAGUUAAUCUUCAAGACAGCAUCCCCAAGGGAGUCCCGGGCGAUGCCUUAGAUGUAGCUGCUUCUGAGGUCAAUGAUUCUGACCUGCCUCCUGCUGAAUGUGAAGAAGAGAACAAUCCAUAUGACAGUGACAGCAGCCCUCCAAUUGUUCUGGAGAACACUUCCAAUGUGCACACUGCAGGUACUAAAGUCCACACUGAUGUUCCUCUGAGUUCUCCUGCUGGUCACGGUACGCAGCACCUGGAAUCCAACGUCUCGCACACACUCAAGGAGGCGGACUUGAGCUCCCCUGGUACCACAGACACAGAUUCAAGUGUGAGCACCAAAGACCCCGAGGACAUCCCCACUUUUGAUGAGUGGAAACGCAAGAUGAUGGAGGUGGAGAAUGAAAAAACUCAGUCUACUCACACUUCCGACAACGUGGGUUCUCAUACGGUGAAGAAGGUCCAGAAGAACUUUAAUAACUACGCCUCAGUGGAGUGUGGGGCCAAGAUACUUGGCGCUAACCCCGAGGCUAAGAGCACUUCAGCCAUAUUGAAGGAGAAUAUGGAUUUAUACAUGCUAAACCCCUGCAGUAAUAAAAUCUGGUUCAUUAUUGAGCUCUGUGAGCCCAUCCAGGUGAAGCAGUUGGUCAUCGCCAACUUUGAACUCUUCUCGUCUACACCUAAAGACUUUCUUGUGUCCAUUAGUAAUAGGUACCCAACAAAUAAAUGGCUAAAGCUGGGAACCUUUCACGCCCGGGAUGAACGUACAGUUCAGAGCUUCCCACUGGAUGAGCAUCUUUAUGCAAAAUAUGUAAAGAUGUUCACCAAGUACAUAAAGGUAGAGCUGGUCUCUCACUUUGGCUCUGAACAUUUCUGCCCACUUAGUCUCAUAAGGGUGUUUGGUACAAGCAUGGUGGAAGAAUAUGAGGAGAUAGUUGAUCCCUCAGAAAGGCCAGAUGAUCAGGACGACGACUUGGAUUAUCCCUCUGGAUCGGCACCUGGUGAGGCUGAUCUAAUUGGAUCAGCAAAAGAUGCUAUUUUAAACAUGGUGAACAAUAUUGCUGUCAACGUUCUUGGAGGAGGCACAGAGAUGAAUGGCAGCCUUUCAACCCAAGAAGUGAACAUAACUGAGCCAUCGCAGCCCCUUGAAUCCACCACUGAAACUACUAUUACUACUACUUCAGUUCCAGACUCUGAAGACGUGCAGAUUUCACAAGACACUGAUAUCCCUGAAACUGUGGAAAACUCUGCCCUAGAGACGUCAACCACAUCUGAAGGUGUCAAACAAGAGCUCCCACCCAUGGAGGAAAAAAUAGUUCUUCCUUUAGACAAGGAUGAGGAAGAACCUAUCAGCUCUACAAUCAUCCUUCUGGAUAAGGAGGAUGACUUGGAAGAAGAGAAAAAGGAUCAUCAUGAGAGACAACAGGAAAGCUUAAAGUACUGCCCUCCAGUUCCUUCACUUUCUUCUCCAUGCUCCUGUGCAGCUUCUCUUCUGGAGUAUUUCCAGCAGCAGUGUUCUGCCUCACUAUCCAAACACAGGGAAUGCCAAACAGCAGAAAGACAGCAAAUAAUUCCUUCUACCCAAACACCAUCUUGGCACCCACCUACGCACUCAUCUGCCCACCCCGAACCUCAGCAGCACCCGAGUGAGCUGCAUCAGCUCCAAGACAAAGAACAAGCUUCUGAGCAGGAGCCAGAGAGUGAAGCUGUAGAAUCGGAGGUAUCGCAGCCUGCUGGGAACACAGAAGAAUCUGCAUCUGGAUCGCCUCUGCUGGAGCCCAGUCAAACCAUGACGCUCCCCAAACCCAGCGAUGCUGAUUCAUCUGCAGCCAAACCUACCCAUAUUGUGGAAACGCCACAGCUGUCCACCUUGGAACCGGCAAAGGAGCCAGGGCCAGAGAACAGCCAGGAUGUGCUGGAGGAAGAAGAGCACAUCGAGCCUUCGGCUUCUCUCAGUAGCUCUGUCCCUGUAAAACCAAGCACCAGUGCCACAGCAGACGACAUAUCGGUGGCACCCCCAGAGGAGAAGCUGGAGAUUGAUGUCACUCAAGUAGAAACAAAUGUCCUCAUUCAAACCCAAGACAAAACAGAUCCAUCUCCAGUCCCUGCACCCACAGGCUCCCCUCAUUUAGAGCAGCAGCCUGACUCAGCUGUUGUACCCGAAAGCAGCACUGCUUCUUCUGAAGUAUCCCCCCCUGCUCCAGAACCUGCUGCAGAACCUGAGCCUUCUGGCGGUCACGCAGCCAUCGCGGAUGCUAAAAUGGAGGAUUUUGCAGACGACAUCUCAGCAUCUUCAAGUGGCAACGGUCAGCUGCCUCGCCCAUCCUCCCCAACUCCUUCUUCACCCACCUCACCGUCCCUCUCGGACAUCUAUGCAGAGCCCCCUAAUGGCACAGAGCAGAACGGGAACCCGGUGCACAGCUCGAGCCAGAAAGAGUCGGUCUUCAUGAGACUCAACAACCGCAUUAAGGCCCUGGAGAUGAACAUGUCACUGAGCGGACGCUACCUGGAGCAGCUUAGCCAGAGGUAUCGAAAGCAGAUGGAAGAGAUGCAAAAGGCUUUCAACAAAACCAUCAUUAAACUGCAGAACACUUCCAGAAUUGCAGAGGAGCAGGACCAACGUCAGACUGAAUCCAUCCAGUUUCUGCAGGGUCAACUGGAGAACGUGACUCAGCUGGUUCUCAACUUGUCUGUCAGAGUCAGCCAACUGCAGAAUGAGGUAUCAGACAGGCAGAAUUACCUGCUGCUGUCUCUCUUCUUAUGUCUGUCUCUCGGCCUUCUACUGUGUGCCAACCACUGUCGCCUCUCCACUGUACCUCCAACCACAGAACCAGAGCCACCCUCGCCUAAGAGCUACACCUACUGCUGUCCUGAAAGCAGACAGUUCUCCUGCUGUGAUGAACUGGGUUUGAAGAGGAGUGCGUCCUAUCCACUCAUAAACUCUGACUCAUUCCAGUUAGCCACCACUGAAGGCCCAGAAUGCAUGCAUGCAGAGGGAACAGAGAGUCUUUAUCCAGCAAACAGAAAGAGGAGACGCCGUAAGAUGAAACCCCUAGAAAAGGUGGAGACUCUGAAACCCUCCUUACAGUCUUCUCCUGAGCUGACCAAUGGAGUAUGCAACGGAGCGCCUGUCACCACAAACCCCAUCCCCCUUACAAAAAAUUUACUUCACCCUACCUUUAGAGACUCACCGUCAGAAGGGAGCUCGGAGGGAUCUUCUCAUUCAGACGACCCCUCUUUCUGUGGCCUCACCACAGCCUGCUCUCGAAUCUGUGACGGCCUCCCUCCACCCAAGAGCCGGGCAGAGAAACGGGCAUGGCGACGCAGGCGUCCUAAGCCCAGCUGCACGGUGGUGGAUUUUCUUCACGCUCCUCGGAGGGACAAAAGUGAACCGUUGCCCAUUUCGACCAUAGAAGACAUCAUGAGGAGGAAAUCAGAGCCAAGCACUAAGACAUUUGUGGCGCUCUCAGGUCCCGUCUAACUCAAACAGUGACAAAAACUUCCCCCUCACCCACUGCUCAACUCUUUCUGGACAUCUGUUUACUUUUGUGGGCAAAGGCAGCUUUAAGUUUCAACGCGAGACAAUCUGUUCGCUCUUAAAGUUCAUUUUAUUUUCAUCGUCACUGUUUAGUUCUUAUCAUUUGCAUUUGUUUUACUUCAAAUCAAAAAAAAUGUCUUCCCAGCUUUCCAUUAAAGCUUUUUCCUCUUUUGGUUGUGAAUAGUGAACGUGAUUAUUGACCCAACAGGUCUCAAGAUGUGAACGUCUUAUUUUUGUUGUUGCUGAAGGAAUUUCCACUUUCAAAACACAAAUCCGAAUAUCAUGUGACCAGGAAUCAAGAACUGAAACAAUUAUUUGCUGUGGCUAAUCUCUCUUUCAAAAUAAAAGCUGCUAUGUUACUUCAGGUAACAUGUGCCCCCCUCACCAAAGAAUGGGUUAAAUAGCUUAUUACUGGUACUGGGUUGGACUUCAAACAUCAACAUCAAAGAAACAUUUUGGUCCAUAUUUACAUCCAAGUUGUGUUUAUGAUUGAAUCUCCUAUUAGUGGUGAGUGGAUUGAAAUCUAGUGACUGUGGAGGCUGUUUGAGUGCAGUGAACUCAUUUUUAUGUUCACAUAGUUUGAACUGUGUGUUAUCCAGAUGGAAGCAGCCAUCAGAAGACGGACACACAGUUGACAUAAAAGGAUGGACAUGUUAAGCAACAAUACUGUGGUAGGUUAUGGUGUUCUAAGAGGCCCAAAGUCUGCCAAUAUAAUACCCCCCCCCCCACACCAUUACACAGCUAAUCACCAGCCUUCAUGUUCAUGCCGAGUUCUAAACCUGGACAGGCACCUUUUUUUUCACUCGGUGUGGCGAUUUGCUGCUGUAGCCCAUCUGUUGUGCGUUCAGAGAUGCUAUUGUUCGUACUUUGGUUGUAACAGGAUGUUAUUUGACUUGCUGUUUUCUUCCUAUCAGGGUGCUCAAAGCAUUCUCCUCUAACAUCUGUCAUCAACAGGGUUUUUUUGGGGGGGUUUUGGCCUACAGAGUUGUUGCUCACUGGAUAUUUCCUCUUUUUCAGACUAUUCUCUGUAAACACUACAGACAGUUGUGUGGUAAAACCCCAGUACAUCGACACUUUCUGAGACACUCAAACCAGCCAGUCACCAACAACCACGUUACAAUCAAAGCCACUUAUAUCACCUUUUCCCCUCAUGCUAAUGCUCACUUUAACUUCAGCUGGUCCUCUUGACCACGCCUAUAUGCACUGCGAUGCGAUUGGCUCAUUACAGGUUUGUGUUAACGAGGAGUUGAACAGGUGUACCUAAUGAAGUGGCCGUUUUUACCUUUAGUCUUUGGUGUGUUUUAGCUUUUAAAUGUUAAAUUCUCCCCUCAGUUUGCUGCAUUGUUGAGUCAUCUUGCAGAGCAGGAAUCGUGCGCUACUUUGACACUCAUGAAUUUCAUGACUAAUAACACUCUUACUGUAGAAUUAAGCUUACAUUAAAUUCCGAGCGAUGCUGCAAAUGCCAUUAGGAGAAAAUUAAAAUGAUCAGCUGCGAUGGAUUUGAGCUCAGACCUCCCGAGCUGAAAGCCUGCACUCCACCGAAGCACUCGGAGCAGGUCAAUGAGCCCCUGGCCUCUGGAGCGAUGAUCUGUUGUUGACCCUGUGCCCUGAGCCCCGGAGGAAAAUAAUGAUACCCCUGCAAUCAGAGUGACACAGAAUCACCCCAGAGAGAUGACACUGAGUAUCAGAAGGUUCUGCUGGCAGCAUGUGAUUGAUGCGUAGUGUUGGUGUUUGCAUAAUGUUGUGCUUGCUUCUGUAUACAGUUCUUCAAUGCCAGUUGUGGUUGACUGCAUUAAGGAAGAAUGUUGCGUCGCAUCAGACAGCGGCAGCUAAUGGAGGUCAGCAAGAUGGGUGACACUACCUCUAAUAGGCCACAAAAACGCUUGUUUUACGUGGCUUGACUUGCAUGUGAUUGGCUUAAGAUGUUUUCCUCUAUUUUCUUUGGACGGUGAUUAAUUUUAUGAGGUCUCACAGCUUUUUAAAAGGCGAUUAUGUACUUGAGAUGAAGCUUAUGGGGCUGGGAGAGAUGCGUAGGUGGACGUUAUAAGUCAUAUAAAUAAGCACAGUAAGUCCGUACACUUCACAUUAAAUCAGACUGUGUCACUUUUUUUUGAGCACAGCAGUUUUAAUAGAAAUACCAAAAAUUUCACCCAGGUCUGCAAGUAAUAUAAAGGUGAAC